AUGAGUAAAUUUACUGAUGAAAAGUUAGAGARCACUAAGUUUGAAGACAUCACUUCAAUAACCAGAGGUGAGACACCUCAAGAUAUUGUUGAAAAAUGUCAUAAACUUUGUGCUGAAUAUUUGGGAGGCAUUUGGCAACUAAUAGACAUAACUAAGAUAAAUGUCUGGAGAAUUAGUGGUGGAUAUACUAAUCAAUUAUAUUAUUGUGGUUUAAAUGAAGAAAUUGAUACUAUUAUUGACGAACCAACUGAAGUUGCCGUUAAGUUUUAUGGAGAAAAAUGGUUCAAAUCUGAUGAAAGAAUUUCUGAUAUAGUCAUUGGGAUAUUGGCCUCAAAUUAUAAUUUGGGACCAAAAGUAUACGGAGUAUUCAAUGAGGGAGAGAUYAUUGAAUAUAUUAAGAGUCAUCAAUUUAGAUAUAAUGAUCAGCUCAAUGACCAACUAGUCAAAGAAGUGGCUCAAAAAUUAGCAAAAUUUCACUCAAUGAGAGUCCCAAUCCCUAAACAUAACGAUUGGUUUACACAAAACUUAGACAAAUCUUAUGACAUGGCAUUCAGUAAUUUUCCGAUCGACGACAUCAUCAAAGAAGUUAAUGCAGAAUAUCUAACAAAGUAUAACAUCAAAGAUGAGUAUAAAUGGCUUAUCAAAGCGUUAAAAGCCAGUCAAUCGCCAAUUGUCUUCUCACACAAUGAUUUUCGUGGAUCUAAUAUAUUGGUUCGAGACGUGACUAAAGACAAUCAAUCGUCAAUUAUUUUAUGUGAUUUUGAUUAUUCAGAUUAUUAUUACAGAGGAUUUGAUUUAGGAGUUUGUUUGGAUGAAUUUGGACGCAAACAGAUGAUCACAUUUGAAAAGGAUUUACAACAAGACUUUGUGGAUAAGUUUGUGUCGUCGUAUUUGGAUGAAGCCAUCAAAUUAAAUGGACAAAAAUAUGCAUUGAAUCCAUUCAACUCUAAGGAUCACCUAAUCAAUGAAUGUCGACUAUUUUCAUUGGCUUCCGAUAUGUUUUCCAUUUUAUUUCUUUUUUCUGCCAAAGAAAUCCCAUUUUGCAAAAACAAAAAUGAUAUAAUGGUUGGAGCAGAUAAAGUGUUUGCUAAAUAUCUUUUUAGGAAACAAUAUUUUACAACUCUCGGAGCAAUUCCUAUUGUAUGAUUCAAAAACAUUUAAUC